GCAGGCACUGUAUUGGGUGACACUGCUGGGGGUAGUAGUCCCUCGGGUCCCCCGUAGGCGAUGUCUCUCUCUAGUAAACAUCUUUCUCACAUUUUCCGGGGCAGUCGGUGAUGUGUGAGCAGCAGAUGUAGAUUUUCCAGUCUCUGGCGGAGUGUCACUUGUCAGCUGCGGGAAGACAGUCAGCACAUUGUGCAGGUGACGUGUGACACCCAUAUAUAUAUAUAUAUAGAGGGGGGAGACGGGUCACACCUGGACACACACCCGGACACACAGCAUGGACCUGGACACAGCCGCUCUCCUCCUGCUCUCUGCCCUCUGCACAGUGUCCGCUGAUCGUGUCAUCGGAGGUGUGGGCGGGACGGUCACUCUGCCGUGUCACAUGAGACGGGAUUUGCUGGAAGCCGCACAUCAUUCAAAAUUCCCGGCAACCUCCAUACACUGGAAGAGAUACAACAGGACGGUGGUCCGGGUGACUCCCGGCGGGAUCACAUACACGGUUCAAUCGGCCAUUUCCCGGGCGGCGGUCCCUCAAUCUGCCAUCCAGAGCGGCGUGUUCUCACUGCAGCUAAAAAAUGUGAAAGAAGAGGAUUCUGGGAUCUAUCAGGGAACGGCGCACUAUGGGGACAGCAAACUAGUGUGCACCGUGACCCUGAGGACCAUGAAAGUCUCGCAGUCCCAGUCCGGUCUCCUCCCUGAGAAUGGCGCCGUUAUCCUCACGUGUGCCGUCAACGACCCAAAAAAAUCCCAUCCCUACUCCUAUCACUGGUCCCGGGGCGGGGCCUCCAUCUUCCAAUUGGAUAGGAUUUCCAAAUCCGGCCCCACCCUGUACAUCCGCAGGCUGAGCCAAGCUGACCGGGGCGAGUGGACCUGUGAGGUGGAAGGCGGGAGAGCCAGUCUGACGCUCAGAGUACUCGGUGUAUCGGGUCCUCCUCGGAUCUCUCGGUACUCCGCCGUCGGCUCUCAGGUAACGCUCCCCUGUGAUGUCACUGAGGUCCCCGCAGAGUGGCCCCUGACUGUACAAUGGAGCAAAGACUCCGACUCCAUCCGAGGCGACAACCAAGUCCUGACCCUCCCACACGUGACCCCGGAGGACGCCGCAACCUACAGAUGUGACGUCACUUACCGGGGUCAGCUGAUGAGCAGGAGCAUCACCCUGAAGGUCAUCCAAGUGUUUCCUCCGGGGCCGACCUUUGCCAAAGAGGGCUCUUCCCUGAGAUUGGCCUGCAAUGUCACCGGGGCAGCCGAGGGGGAGCUCUAUGAUUGGACGGGACCUCUAAACUCCACACGGCAUCAGGACGUGAUCAAAGGAGCCCAACUGAACCUCCCCGCCGUCCACAGAGAGGAUUCUGGGAUCUGGGUGUGUUCUGUCCAUGGGAAGAACGGCAUUCUGGGAAAAGCUGAACACUGGCUCUAUGUACACGCCGCCCAGACCGCAGAGUUCGGUUCCUUGUCUUCAUGGCAGACCUACAUUGUCUUCCUGCUGUGCCUCUUCCUGAUCCUCGGCCUCAUGGUGAUCGCCGGCAUCUCCAUCCAAAACCGACGGAGGCGUCGCUCUCAUCUCGCCAUCCUGGCAACGCUCCCCAGACUCCCGACUCCGCCCCAGAAAACGAUCUCUGUGGAUGAUUGAUUCCUCUUCUGCCUCCAUCCUUUGAUGCCGAUCUCUCAAACAGAACGAUCGCUGUUCCCGAGAAAUUCUACUUAAUGUUUACACCGCGCAGGAACUUUGUGAAGACGGAGAUAUUUGAUGCUCAUAGUAUUUUUUUUAUAAUAAAUAUUGUACAUUUAUUUGUUUUCUACAAUGUUUCAGUUCAUGUGUGUAUAUAUACAGUAUGUGACAAAAGUAAGUACACCCCUCAGUCAUAUUUGUGUAAAUGUGAAACACUCAGAGACGCUCGGAGACACUGAGGAACGUAGUGUUUCCGAGUGAUUUUGGGUGUCUCCGAGCUUUACCGAGUCUCUCUGAGCGUCACCGAUACCCCCACACCUCUGGCCGCAGGCAGUACUGCACCCCCCAGAGGCUUGAAUCCCGCUCGUCCUACACUCACAAACCGAGUCAGUAUUUAAAAACAAAACAAAAAAAAAAACGAGCUGGUGUUGUGAAAACGCUGCUAAUCUGCGUCACUCGCCGUCCAAGGUUUUCCCGUAGAAGUUUGGUGGAAUCCGCGACGGGAUACUUUGUAUCGGCCUCCAUUUUGCUUCCAGCAGUUCCUAUAUAAUUUAUAAUUGUGAUACGAGCCGCUGUCAUUUAAUGUUAUUAAUAAAAAAUAUAUUUUUGCUCCGA